UUUAAGUCGGGUGUUAAAAGUUACUUGUAAAAAAAUAAUUUAAUUUUAAGAUUAUAAAAAUGUCCCAGGACGUAGUAAAAGUGUUUUUUUCAAUAAAAUGAUGUUUAAAUAAAUAAAAUUUAAUGAAGUGAAACUAAAAUAAAUCGAAUUGGUUAAAAUAAUUGUGUUAGAAAUUGCCAGAGGUUUUCAUUUUUUUUUCGUAAAUGACACUAACACAUUCACGUUGUAUAAUGUGCAAUUUUGAGAAAAAUUUAUUGAAAAUUCAAAAAAAAAAUAUUUCACUAAUGUAAUAUAAUCAAUUCAAAUUGGGAUUAUUUUAAAAUACUUUAUGUAAUAUGCUUUUUAAUAAUUUUGUUUGCACCAAAUUAUUUUACUGAAAAUUUUUGGUAGUGUAUUAGUGUAUCCAAUUAAUUUUCAGUGUUAAGAAAAUUUCAUUGAGGUUUUUUAACUGUCAGACACCACCGAAAGGCAAAAUUUAUUUGAUCCAGGUAAAAUGGCGACAAGUCGUAGUACUCGAAUUCAACAAUCAAAAAAUAUUACUAGUUCAAUAUUAUCAAAACUACACGGAGCAUUUUCUGAUGCCUGUGGCCCACAAAAAUUAUCUACAGAUAAGAAAACAUUAGAUAAAACAUGGAAACUAAUGGAUAAGGUAGUUAAAUUAUGUCAACAACCAAAGAUGAACUUAAAGAAUAGUCCACCGUUUAUAUUGGAUAUUCUACCGGACACUUAUCAACGCCUUAGAUUAAUUUAUUCGAAGUAUGAAGAUCAAAUGCAUAUUCUACAUUCAAAUGAGCAUUUUAAUGUAUUCAUCAAUAAUUUGAUGAGGAAAUGUAAACAAGCUAUAAAAUUGUUUAAAGAAGGCAAAGAGAAAAUGUUCGAUGAGAAUUCGCACUAUCGAAGAAAUUUAACUAAAUUGAGUUUAGUUUUUUCACAUAUGCUUAGCGAAUUGAAAGCAAUUUUUCCUAAUGGUAUCUUCGCUGGAGAUCAAUUUAGAAUUACAAAAGCUGACGCAGCAGAAUUUUGGAAAAUCAAUUUUGGAAACAGUACUCUAGUCCCAUGGAAAAUUUUUCGGCAAGAAUUAAAUCGUGUUCAUCCGAUUUCCUCAGGCUUGGAAGCUAUGGCGUUAAAAACCACUAUUGAUUUAACGUGCAAUGAUUAUAUAUCAAAUUUUGAAUUUGAUGUGUUUACAAGGCUGUUCCAACCAUGGGCUACACUUUUAAGAAAUUGGCAAAUUUUGGCAGUAACACAUCCUGGAUAUGUAGCAUUUUUAACUUAUGAUGAAGUUAAAGCACGUUUGCAGAGGUAUAUCAGAAAAGCUGGUAGUUAUGUUUUUAGACUAUCAUGUACCAGAUUAGGACAGUGGGCAAUAGGUUAUGUUACAGCUGAUGGUGAAAUUUUACAAACAAUUCCACAAAAUAAAUCACUAUGUCAAGCGCUACUAGAUGGUCAUAGGGAAGGGUUUUAUUUAUAUCCUGAUGGUCAACCUAAUAAUCCAGAUUUGUCAUCUGCUGUUCAAAGUCCAACAGAAGAUCACAUAACUGUGACGCAAGAACAAUAUGAAUUAUAUUGCGAAAUGGGGAGUACAUUUCAGUUAUGUAAAAUUUGUGCAGAGAAUGAUAAGGAUAUUCGAAUUGAACCUUGUGGGCAUUUACUUUGUACCCCAUGUUUAAAUGCAUGGCAAGUUGAUUCAGAAGGCCAGGGAUGCCCAUUUUGCAGAGCAGAAAUUAAAGGUACCGAGCAAAUAGUCGUAGAUGCAUUUGAUCCAAAAAAGCAACACAAUCGAAAUUCAACCAGUGGUCGACAACAAAAUGUUGAUGAUGAUGAUACUGAGGUAUAGUUUAUGCAUUCAGAUUAGAUAAAAAAAUUUUUCUUUUUAAUAAAAAUAUAUUUAAAUUUUUUUUGUUUUGUUUGUUAUAAAACUUAUUGCUUUUGUUUUGAGAUGUUUAAAAACAAAAGAAAAGAACAAAAUUUAAAAAAAAAUUUACCUUUUUAAUUGUUUUUCUUUUCACAUAAAUUAAAUAAAGAAAUUCAAAAAUUUAAGUUUAGUUAAAAAAAUAGAUAAAAUAAAUUUAAAAAAAAAUUAAUAGAAAAAAUUUACGUUUCGUGUUAUAA